AUGGAAGUGGAACUACUCAGCAACUGGUCUAAUAUAGUAGUGGAAAUAGAACAGCUCAACAACUGGUCCAAUAUAGUAAUGGAAGUAGAACAGCUCAACAACUGGUCCAAUAUAAUAAUGGAAGUAGAACAGCUCAACAACUGGUCUAAUAUAGUAAUGGAAGUAGGACAGUUCAACAACUGGUCCAAUAUAAUAAUGGAAGUAGAACAGCUCAACAACUGGUCUAAUAUAGUAAUGGAAGUAGAACAGCUCAACAACUGGUCUAAUAUAGUAAUGGAAAUAGAACAGCUCAACAACUGGUCCAAUAUAAUAAUGGAAGUAGAACAGCUCAACAACUGGUCUAAUAUAGUAAUGGAAGUAGAACAACUCAGCAACUGGUCUAAUAUAGUAGUGGAAAUAGAACAGUUCAACAACUGGUCCAAUAUAGUAAUGGAAGUAGAACAGUUCAACACCUAG